CGUGAGGCCCAUUUUCAAAAGAAAUACCAUAGUCUACUCCAGUGGUCUCCAAAUGGUGUGCUUCCAGCUGUUCCAAAACUACAACUCCCAGCAUGCCCAGACAGCCAAAGGCUGACACAGUAAUAAAUAUGUGGAAGUGAAGAUUAAAUUACACAAACAAUAGGUAUAACCAAUAAAUGAAUAAAAAAUUCUGUUAUGUGUGAACAAAGCCUCACAAUGCUAAAUCAUAGCAGCAUAGAGUCAGUCCAGCAAUACCCCUGCCCAUCUGUCAUUUCUCCUAUGCAUUAGAUGUGUUUAGGUAACAAGGUUCAGUAGACUUGUAGCUUUGUACUUAAUUGAAAACUAAAUGUGCCAUGUCCCCCCUGGUGCUGUCUGCUGGCAUUUGUAGUUAUUCCCUAGCUUCAAGGUACAUACUGUCAGUGUAAGAUCAAACACAUGCAGACUGUUGGUCCAUGAAUAUUAGACAGGGUGCCCACCCCAGGAGUCAUCAUGAUGCAUUUUACUGGGAGGUGACUGUAAUGAAGUGAUUAUUGUCAGAUGAGCUGCUGCCAGUUAAAAGCAUGGACACCAAUCUAAUGAUAAUGCAAAGGGAAGAAGAAGAGGUGAGGAUGCCAGCCUCCAGCUAAAUACAAGGAGCUGCAGAUGACUUUGUACAGAAGGAGCUCAGCCAGAGAGAGCACACACACUGCAAGGAGCUAUAGACUGCAUCAUCCAUCACACAUCACUCUCCCUCCCUCCUCUUUCUUGUGCACAGAGGCUCUGAAAUCCAUUUUAAAGCAAGAGGAUCUCCGCUAGAGCUGCUUCUCCACUGCAUUCCUAUGGGAUACUUACAAUGACUACAUCCCCUGAUCUCCUGGUGCCCGUAGAGGCCAAGGUCCUGUUGCACACAUGGAACCAGUCCAGGGACAUGGCAGAGAUUUUGCCCCCCUUUAAUGUCAUCAGCAUCAGCAGCAAAAAUACUAGCAGCACCAAUGCCCCCAUGGAGCCAGAGAGGGAUGUGAGCAUGAUAGUGAUCCAGUUCAUCUAUGCCAUCGUGUGCCUCAUUGGGCUCAUUGGGAACUCCAUGGUGAUUUUUGUCAUCCUGAGAUAUGCCAAGAUGAAGACGGCAACCAACAUCUACAUCCUGAACUUGGCUAUAGCAGAUGAGUUGUUCAUGUUGAGUGUGCCCUUCUUGGCAGCCUCUGCAGCCCUGCAGCACUGGCCCUUUGGCUCAGGGAUGUGCCGCACUGUGCUCAGUGUGGAUGGGAUUAACAUGUUCACUAGUGUCUUCUGCCUGACUGUGCUCAGUGUGGACAGGUAUGUGGCUGUGGUCCAUCCCCUGCGGGCUGCAAGGUACAGGAGACCCACUGUGGCCAAAAUGAUCAAUAUCUGUGUGUGGAUUGUGUCCCUCUUGGUCAUUUGCCCCAUCCUAAUCUUUGCUGACACAGAGUCCUCCAAGAAUGGAGUAGUGGUCUGCAAUCUAAUGUGGCCACAGCCCACCUGGUCCACUGUGUUUGUCAUCUACACCUUCCUGCUGGGCUUCUUCUUACCUGUGGUGGCCAUCUGCUUGUGUUACGUCCUCAUCAUUGUCAAAAUGCGAGCAGUGGCAUUAAAGGCAGGAUGGCAACAGAGGAAGAAAUCAGAGAAGAAAAUCACCCGCAUGGUCCUCAUGGUGGUCACAGUCUUUGUUAUUUGCUGGAUGCCCUUCUACAUUGUCCAGCUUUUGAACCUGUUCCUGCCCCACAUGGAUGCCACCAUCAACCACGUCUCUAUUAUACUCAGUUAUGCCAACAGUUGUGCCAACCCCAUCCUCUAUGGCUUCUUCUCAGAUAACUUUAAGAGGUCCUUCCAGAGGAUCGUUUGUUUUCGUUGGCUUGAGAAUGGGACAGAUGAGCCAGUGGAUUACUAUGCCACAGCCCUGAAGAGUAAGGUGUGCAAUAACCAUCCACUGGACUUCCAACAGGAGCCCCUCCAGUCCGACCCUUGUUAUGAGCAUGGGACAAUCACUAGGACCACCACCCUAUAGCAGACCCACAAGAUGCCUUGUCCAAUAACUGCUGCUAGCCGCACAUGCUACUACUGUUCUACCUGAGGUUUACAUGUGUUUCCAAUCGUUGUGUGUGUCCACUUUGUAUUUGUGAUGGAGUGAGCUUAAUAAAAGAUCAGUCCGGUGUCACGCA